GCCAAAUGGAAAACUGUUUCAACAAACCUGCGUCAGUUGAAAUUUGUCUUUCAAACGCGGCACACACUAAUUUGCAUUUCACUUUCAAAUCCAAUAAUUCACAAUGGCUCCACGCAACAAGGAACAGGAACAGGAAGUGCUCAACUGGGUGUUCGCCGUGAUUGGCGAGAAGGUGCCCAGCGGGCAGUACGAGGACAUUCUCAAGGACGGCAUCUGGCUGUGCAAGCUGGCCAACAAACUGGCCCCCGGAUCCGUGAAGAAGAUCCAGGAGCGCGGCACCAACUUCCAGCUGAUGGAGAACAUCCAGCGUUUCCAGGCGGCGGUGAAGAAGUACGGCGUGCCCGAGGAGGAGAUCUUCCAGACGGCCGAUCUCUUCGAGCGUCGCAACAUCCCCCAGGUCACGCUCUCCCUGUACGCCCUUGGACGCAUCACGCAAAAGCACCCUGAGUACACUGGCCCCACCCUGGGACCCAAGAUGGCCGACAAGAACGAGCGCAGCUUCACCGAGGAGCAGCUCCGUGCCCACGAGGGUGAGCUCAACCUGCAGAUGGGCUUCAACAAGGGCGCCUCCCAGGCUGGACACGGUGGUAUGGGCAACACCCGCCACAUGUAAGGCACCGCCAUCCCAAGCGGUCCCGAAGAAGAAAAAGAAAAACACCACAACACUCUCAACCACACAAACACCGAAAUCUAAUUAGUUCAAACAAAAAGUGGGUUUUGUAUCUCGUGCGUCGUGACGCAUGAUUUAAGCAGUGCCAAGCUCUAACUGUAAUUUAUAUAAUAUGAAACAAAUAAAUUAAUUAAUUUUAAUAUAAA